AUGUAAAGGCGCCCAGCGGGUGAAUUUUUAAACAAAAAAGCAACUUAUUACGCAGUACCGGCGCAGAAAAGCUGUUGUCUUAUCUUUAGGCAGAUAAAUGUCAAUUUUCACAGCUAUUGCCCGGAGCACACCGCCAAAUUCUGUUCUAUUCUUUUGUGCGCUGAGAUCUACGCAUUUCAGACGAAUAGAGAGAAUGAGUGACGUGUUUGUCCCCAUAUCUGAGACGAAACAUCUCACUUCAGGUUCUACAUGUCCUGUUAUAACACCAGGCCUAAUGCGAUUGUAUAGCAUGAAAUUUUGUCCAUAUGCCCAAAGGACCCGACUAGUGCUAGCAGCCAAGAGAAUUCCAAAUGAAGUUGUGAACAUUAACUUAGUCACAAAACCGGACUGGUUUUUUCAGAAAAACCCACUUGGAAAAGUCCCAUGCCUAGAAUUUGAUGGAAAAGUGAUAUUUGAGAGCGUAAUCACUGCUGCUUAUCUUGAUGAAGUCUAUCCAAGUCCUUAUUUGCUAAAUAGUACUGAUCCAUUUCGUAAGGCACAAGACAGGAUUUUAAUUGAAAUGUUCAAUGUGGUUAAUGGUAACUUAUACAAACUGUACCGCGCAAAAUUAGAUGUUGAAGAUUCUUGGAAAAGGCCCAUUGAUGGUAUCCAGAAGGGUUUAAAAAUUUUUGACGAAGAACUGAUGAAGAGAGACAUCAAAUUCUUUGGAGGUGACAAUCCUGGUAUGGUGGAUUACAUGAUUUGGCCAUGGAUGGAGAGAUUGCCCAUAUUGCCUAUACUGAGCCAAGAAAAGUUCAUAGUCGAAAUGGAAAACUUCCCGAAUCUGGCAACAUGGAUUAGUGACAUGAAAAAAGACAGCGCUGUCAAGGAAAGCUAUAUUUCUCCGGAAAAUCAUGCAAGGUUCAUUACAGGAUUUCUUUCAGGCAAUCCCGACUACGACAUGGAAAUAAAUUGAUCAACAAUCCCCUUAAUAUUUAUUCAGCUCGAAAACUGAAUAAAUUGUAACUGAAUA